GACAUUAACAACAACUAACAACAAUCAAAAUAAUGGACGAAAUAUUUGAAAAUUGAUCUCAAAACACGCAAUUUUUAAACGAGAAUUAUAGAAAAAAUAUGCAUUAAAAUACAGAAUCCGACAUUUUUAGAGCAUUAUAAAGCUAAGUCCAAAAAAAUUGCAAAAAUAGCGUUUCCCGGGUUUCCUUGAUUUUUACCCUACAGGAGUAAUACCCGAAGAUUGGUUGCUGUCCACGUUUGUAAAUCUGCCAAAGUCAAUACAUGCGACAGAAUGCUCCCAGUACAAUUUGUGAUGCCACAAUAUAUGGCUACUAAUGCUCUCUGUUUCUGUUAGUGAUUUUGUUUAUACAGAGCAGAGUACAUAGCCCUCUGUACAUCGUACCUCUAGCCCUUAGCCCAAUAGCUUUGUGGUAUAUACUCUGAUACAGUAUAAACUUAAAAUUAUUCAAUAUACAUACAUGCGAUUCCAUUGAUCAAAAAUGGAAGUAAACGAGAAUACCUGUAAAGCAGAAAUAGAAAAUAAUGACAUGGGUGAUGUUUUUCUGGAUAUUGUUAAAACUGAAUUUGAACCCAAAGGAGAACGUAAAGAUAAUAAAUAUGAUUCCCAUCAUCCUAUGGGUGAUGUUUUUCUGGAUAUUGUUAAAACUGAAUUUGAACCCAAAGGAGAAAGUAAAGAUAAUAAAUAUGAUUGUUUAGAAUUUCUUGACUAUCCUGUAAAGACUGAAAUACGACAAGAUGAAGAUACAGUUAUCUCAUCUGAAGCAAUACAAGUAGAUAACAAAAGUGAGUAGAUAAAAUAUUUGAAGUAACAUUUUUUCUAUCUUCUCAAUUAGAAACCUUUUUAAAUAACUUAUUAACUGGCAAUUUUCCUUUUAUACCAUGUAAUACUAACUUGACCUUAAUAACAU